ACGUGCUCUCAGGGUGCUGGUGAAGACCUGAAGGCACACGGGGAGGGGUCUGAGGGUCGAGGUGGAGUCCGAGGCGGCGUCUGUCCAGGUCUGAGGUUGCAGGUGAGGGGCUGAAGGUGGCGGUGCGGGACUCGGGGAGCAGUUGAGGGGCUGGGAGGCGGAGCUGGCGCCGGAGUUCCAGCCUCUCCCGACGCGGCGGGGGUCGGCGGGCGCAGCCAGGAGGUCCACAGGGCCAGCGGGGUGGUCUGGGUGCGGGGACCGGCUCUGCCAUGCGGCUGCACCUGGGCGCUCUGGCCGGCGUGGCGGCGCUCACAGGGGCGCUCAGCUUCGUGCUGCUGGCGGCCGCCAUGGGCACGGACUUCUGGUACAUCAUCGACGCCCAGCGGCUGGAGCGCAGCGGCCCAGGGCCGCGCGAAGCCGCCAACCGCAGCCAGCCCGAGCCUCUGAGCUCGCAUUCCGGCCUCUGGCGGACCUGCCGGGCCCGGACCCCAUGCACACCACUGAUGAACCCCUUCUGGCAGGAGAAUGUGACGGUCAGCGACGCCAGCCGACAGCUGCUCACCAUGCACGGGACCUUUGCCAUCUUGCUGCCGCUCAGCCUCAUCCUCAUGGUCUUUGGGGCCAUGACGGGCUUUCUGAGCUUCCUCGUCCGAGCCCACCUCCUGUUCCUGCUCGCCGGGGCCCUCUUCCUGUUUGGAGCGGCGGUGACCCUGGCCGGGAUCAGCGUGUACGUCGCCUACUCAGCGGUGGCCUUCAGGGCGGCGCUGUGGCUCGUGGAGGAGAAGGCGCUGCUGCAGCAGCUGGACGUCCGCUUCGGCUGGUCGCUGGCCCUGGGCUGCCUCAGCUUCCUCGCCGAGCUGCUCACCGGGGCCGUCUUCCUGGCUGCGGCCCGCGAGCUCGGCCAGAGGCGGGGGCAAGACCAGGCCAUCUGAACCCAGGCAGGCAGGGCCCUCCCCUCGCUCACGGCGACACUGUCCCCGGGGAUGUCCCCUCUGUGCAUGUGUGUCCUGUGGUAUCCCCAUGCCCGAGGGCCCAGCGCGCUGUGUCCGCAUCACCAUCACGGUGAUAUUGUUGAUGCUGCCUGCCCCCACACCCUCACAACGUGGGCGUUUGCAGCCAAGUCUCCUCAUUGGGCGUCAGGCCCCCUUGGCAAAGAAAGGUCCCGGAUGCUUUGCCCCACCCCUGCCACUGAGGUUGACUCCACUGGAGGAGGCGGACCUCCAGGCUGGCGGUGGGCCCAGGGGCCCCUUCUACUCUGCCCUGCCCAGGCCCACCGGACGCUGGGAGUCAGAAUCCGCUCCAUGGCAGUGAAUGUGACUCCUCGCCAGGCGCUGUUCAGACAGGUCCCCCAGGUCCUCAGGGGGCUCCCCGUGACCCCUGCUGUCGGAGGCACACUUCCAGGCUUCCUGGUCUCUCUCAGUCUGGAAGCUCCACGGAAACUGGCCCAUCGUGGGGCACUGCCGGCAUCUGAAAUAUCGGUGACACUGCUCCCAGCAUCCCAGCCACCACCGUGGGACAGACUGACGGACAGAUGGGUGGUGAGCUGUCCUGUCCUGACCUCCGCUCCAAGCUGUACUCAAUGCAAGUCAGAUUGUACUCAAUAAACAUCUACGU